CGUGGGAGAGCCGCCCGCCCGAGCUCACCGUCGCCGGCAGUCGGCACCGAGCAUCCAAGCAGAGUGUGUCGAGGCAUUCGGAGUCGGUGCGCAAUAUACACGGGAAUAACACGCAACUGCGGACAUUGCUUUGACGUACGCACGGGCACGAUGGCCGUCCGGCGCGUGCACCGUCGACUACAACAACAACAACAACAGUGUCAUCGCAGUCGUCGUCGUGGUGCCGCAUUCGUUGUCGCGCGUCGUGUCCAUCGCACGGGCCCGUUCACGGAAUCGCAGCAUCGCGCGCUCGCUGAAGCAUCGUUGCCACCGUCUCCGUGCGGAUACGCGGCGCGCAAACUGCACUCGUGGUGCGCGUACUGAGAAGUCUACACACAACCGAGAAGGAUAGUCAGUCAGUCAGUCAGUCAGUCGGUCGGUCGGUCGGUCGGUCGGUCGGUCGGUCGGUCGGGAGUGAAUAGGAGCAGCGAGGAAGGACAGCGCGUGCCUCGCUCCGCGGGUAAACUCUGCGCAUUAAAUACGUCACGGCCGGCCUUCUAUGUACCACCUACUUCUCUGUCAACCGCCUCCGUUUCCUCUCUUACACUCUCGCUCCUCUCUACGUUCUACGCCGCUUCGCGAUCUCCUCCCGCUUUCCGCGCAGUGACGACCUUCCCACGCGUAUCUUUCACUCAGACGACGACGACAACAACGACGGCCGGAAAUUAAACUCGCGCGCGCGAAAGGCGCGACCGCUCGCGGCGUGUCGCGCGGUCCGAUUUUGGGAGGCGAGCCGGCCGCUGAGACGUUAAUUGUUUCUUGAAGUGUUUCUUUCGCAGAGCGGUGCAGCACGUUCGUUACCACGGCGCGCGCGAAUACGGUGAAAGAGCAGUCACCGGCACCGCGUCCGUUCGCGUCGAGUGUGCGGCCUAACCUUGUCCAUCCGUCGGCGACGAGACCGGCGGCGUCGGUGUGGCGACGGUGACAGUGAACGGUUCUCCUCGUGUCUGGUGCUGAGUUGCCUCUUAUUAUACGUCCGUGCACGCGGCAUUCCGGUCGUUCCAGCUGCGGUUGGUGCGCGCUCACAGUAGUGUGACUGACAUCGAGAGUGUGAACAGUGAUAACUCGCGAUAUUCGGGGAAAAAGUGUCGGAGAAACAGUGCCGUCGGCAGAAACGGCGCGCGCGUCGGUAAGAGAGAGAGAGAGAGAAAGAGGGAGAGGAACGCGCCGCGCGAGUUCGAAACUACAGCGCCACACUUUGACGGCGACGUGUAAACUCAAGUAAAUAACUCAAGCGGCCAACUUCAGUAGCCUUCCGCCGCCGUAACCGUCUCGUGCCGGUCUCGCGUCUUCUCGCGGAUCGUCGUUCGCGGAUCCCGGGGACUUGUCGCGUCGCGUGAGAGGUAUCUACGGGGCCCCUCGCCGUGCCGCGUGGCGUGAAGAACUACGAGAGAGGCCAGGAAAGACAACGGUGGCCGUCACUCGGCCCGCAAUAAUGCCGCACGUGAGCAGCAGCGGCGGCGGCGACGAUCUCGGCAGCGAAGACGAGGUCAAGGUCUUCAAAGAUGAGGGCGAGGAGGAGAAGAGGUCCUCGGAGAACCUUACGGAGGACAAGAGCGAUCUCAUCGAUCUCACAGAGUCCGAGGAAAAGGGCUCGCUCGCCGGUGGAAGCUACGCGACAACUGGGAAGGCAUCUGCGAGGUCCGACCUCAGUCCCGUCUUCGGAAAGGUGGACCCGACGCCGCACACCUCCUCCUUCAACAUGGGCUACCUCGUCUCGCCAUACCCGUACCCCAAUGGUGCCGGAGGACCCAUCCCCGUCUCUAUGGUAAGUCCAUUCAAGUUUUCAUCGACGCUGCUCUAGAGGAUUCGCCGGUUGGCCGCAUUUCAGCUCAUUUGGGUUAUCUCCUGCGGUAAAUACAAUUGAUAGUACUUUUCAACAAACUUGAACAAGCUACGAGCAUACGAGUAGAAUGGGCAAAGGCCCAGAUUGGGUCGAUGCAUUACAAUAAGCAUUAUCAAGUAGGGUCGCGACCGAGAACCGAUGCGAGAGUUCAAGUUAGUAAUGUGUUCUGGCCGGAUAUGAGAACGCAGAUUGUCUUGUGGACGACUAAGACUGCAUAUCCAUUUGUAUCACCGUCGAAAACGUGUUCUCUGGUUUAUCCUGACUCAAAGAAAUCAGACCUUCACCUCGAGACCCGCGUACAUUCGCAUGAUAAGAGAUAGAUAGCGCACAUUCUCUAAGAUACGUCGAAGAUAAAUGAGGAUUACUCCAAUUUGUCAGAUAACAGCAGGAUAGAAGCUUUCUGCCCCCUUUUUCUGUCUCUCUGUCCGUCGCGCUCGCUCCUCUUCAGGAGUAUUAAGAGGUAUUAAAAGUAUAAGCGGAGCUACUCGGUGGUAAUGCGGUCGGGUGCUUUGUCCAGGAGUCGAUGGACUCUUACUUAGCCCCGGCAUCGGUUCGCCGAGCCGUAAUAGGACGAGAGGCCACUAGGGCCGGCAAAACGCGCGGGCGCGCGCGUUCGCUCUCGGUGGGAAGGGUGCAUUAGCCUAAUCUGACGAGCCUCGUGGGCUGUGAGAAGUAUCGCGCUCGCCCCACAGAAUCAAUCGGCAUCGCCUAAACCGAUGCGUAACGUCCGGCCACGUGGGUGGUCGAGCGGUCGAGAGAGAGAGAGAGAGAGAGAGAGAGA